GAAAAUUGCCCCAAGAUUACAUGGCUAGCAUCCACGCAAACUUCGAGGCGUGCGACGAGUUUGAUCAGGAGAAAGAAAUUGCCACCGAAUUGGCAAUUCUUCGACGAUUGCAUCUUCCUGUUGGCAAGGUUGCAUUUAUGUACCAUUUUGGAGAAACCAAUAUCGAUGAGCAGUCGUGUCUGAAACGUGACUCAAGCCAGAGCAAUGGGAUUCUGAACGAUGAAAGUAGCGUUAAAGAUUCCACUCGAAACGAUGAAUACGGAGAGAGCAACUCUCCUCGUGAUGAUGAAAGCAAGGAGUGUAACUCAUCUCAGGAUAUAAAUGAAGAACACGCCCCAUCACAGUAUGGUGAUCACACGCCAUCAGCCACUGAGUACAGUUCUUCAUCUUCUCAUCACUUCCAAUCAUCUUCUACUGAUGUCUCUGUUGUGAAAGACGUGAGAAGUGAAAGUGAGUUAGGUGCAAAACAUGGUCAGGAUGUUGAUACUUCUUGUGAACAAUCCGAAGAAAAAACGGAAUCUUCGCAUGAAUCGUUUGAGGAGUACUCAGAUGCUGUGGAAAUUUCAGCUUCGACACUCCUCCCUCGUGAUGUGACCAGAAAGCUUUUCUCUAGCACCAGUAGCUGUGAGAGCGUCACUGUACAUGGUUUGCCGUCUCACGUUCACUGCAAGACAUCACAACAGGGCAUCUCUUCUGACAAUAGUAGUGCCCAUAGUAACUGCUUUAAAUGUAGUAUUGAAGGAGAUUAUUGUAUAUAUUCACAUAAUACCUGCGAUGAAAAGCAUGUUGUAGAUGGAAAUCGCCACAACAUUGAUUCUGCCGAAAUGACAUCUUCGACUGAAGUUUUGAAGGAAGCGAAAGAAUUUAGUUAUGAUAGCAAUGUUUUCGAGACGGUUUCAGAAGAAAAAAUGUCAUCCCAGAAUAUACCUUCUGUGGAAGAUGGUGAAUCUGUGGAAGAUUCUGAAGAAUAUUUUGAUGAAGCCGUAGAAUCUAUUCAAGAAAAUGAGGAAUCUGCCCAAGAAGAUAAAGAACAUCUCCAAAGACAUGAGAACCGUGUCCAAGAGGCCAGAAAAGUUGUUGAACAAGCUGGAGAAUCGUUGAAAAGAGCUGGGGAAUCUUUCAAUCAUGCUGGAAAAUCUUUCAAGCAGGCCGCUGAAGCAUUGAAGCGGGCUACCGAAUCUUUCAAGCAAUUUCAAAAAUCUUUCGAAAAAGCUGGUGAAUUUUCCCUUGAAGGUAUGAAGCCUGUCGAAGAAGCCGGAGAAUUUUUCCAUGGAGAAAAAGGAUUUUGCCAAAAUGAAAGGGAUACGGCGCCGAAAGCCAAAAAUGAUCGUCUAGUUCAUUCUGUGGAUGCAGCACAAGAACUUUCAAAGGAAAGUGUGCGAGACUUCAAUUUUUCUAUCAAAGACACGGAAGCUCCUUACCAAGGAUCGGAAAUUUUUCACAAAUCAUCGGGAACUUCUCAUCAAGAUUCAGAAAUUUCUCAAGCUUUAGAAACUUCUCAUCAAGAUUCAGAAACUUCUCAUCUAGAUUCAGAUACUUCCCACCGAGAUUCAGAAACUUCUCAUCAAGAUUCAGAAACUUCCCAUCAAGAUUCAGAAACUUUUCAAGAUUCAGAAACUUCUCAUCAAGAUUCAGAAACUUCUCAUCAAGAUUUAGUAACUUCUCAUCAAUAUUCAGAAACUUCUCACCAAGAUUCAGAAACUUCUCGAGAUUCAGAAACUUCUCAAGAUUCAGAAACCUUUCACCAAGAUUUAGAAACUUCUCAAGAUUCAGAAACUUCUCAAGAUUCAGAAACUUCUCAUCAAGAUUCUGAAACUUCCCAUCAAGAUUCAGAAACUUCUCACCAAGAUUUAGAAACUCUUCACCAAGAUCCUCAAGCUGCAGAUGAAAAAAAUUGUAUUGAUACGGUCGAUAGGUUUUCCCGCCGCAAGCAGAGACGGAGUGCAUCGAGUAACAUUCCGGCCCACAUACCUCCUGAAGUUGCCCGCUUCUACUCCAAGAGGUACAGGCUCUUCGGCCUCUACGACAGAGGCGUGCGACUUGAUACCGAGAGCUGGUACAGCGUCACCGUUGAACACCUCGCCCGUCACCACGCUCAGCGUUGUCACUGGGCUGCCGUACAGAGUCACCGGCGUCACGCAUUGCCUGCGACCAAAAAGACUUGUGGUGAAGCUGGGUCUGUCCCAAAAUCUUGUGCCAGCUUUGAGACCCUCGAUGAAUCCAUGAAGGAAGCUCCUGCAUCACCUAACACCCAAGAUUUCUCGUCGUCUGACGUGAACAGUUUAGUUACUUCUCCGCUCGGCGAGGCUAGCCGUUCGUAUUCCUUGCUGACAUCGCCAAAAACGCUGCCCACGCGAAAAACAACUCGGGUAGUGGACGGUUUUUGCGGUGCUGGAGGAAACGCAAUACAGCUCGCCAAAAUAUUCGACGAGGUUAUUGCCAUUGACAUCGAUGAAAAUAAAAUCGACAUGGCUCGUCACAACGCCGAGGUUUAUGGCGUUCAAUCAAAGAUUGAGUUUCGUCGUGAUGAUUUCUACUCGGCCAUCGAGCAGUGCGAGGCUGACGUGGUGUUCUUGAGUCCCCCGUGGGGCGGUCUGGACUACAGCAGCGAGGAGGAGUUCGACGUCUGGCAGCUCGGCGUGCAGCAGAUGCUGGAUGCCGCCAGACGUGCUGCUCCCAACGCUGUCGUAUUCCUGCCCAAGUCCAGCAGCGUCGAUGCUAUAAUUUCACUGGCCGGGGAGUUCGGCAGCGUAGACAUUGAAGUGAACUACAUCAACUCGGUUGCUCACUCGAUCACCGCUUACUACGGUCCCGACAUCGUCUCCUACAGACGGACUAACAAGUUCGUUAACUCGGCCUGCGGUCUGAUGGACAAGGCGGACGCAGAGGCUGCCAGGGUGCAUGAGAACGUCCUCAGGAAAGGCCGGUCGCCGUUUGACGUUCAAGAUCAUUAGGAAUUGUCACGGGAUCCUAAUUUUCUGGAACCAGAACUUACUGAGGAACGUGAUCUAUAUAUUAAUUGAUCUCAAUUCAUCCAUGUAUGAAGAUUUGAGGAAACGUGAUCUCUAAUA